AUGCGGAAACCCAGCCCUGCUUCCCGUGACCGUCUCCGUGACCGUAUCGCUCCUUCGGCAUCCGCGAGUCCGUCUGCGCAGUGCUGCUCCCCCGCCUCGAUCCUCCUCCACCCCCGAUCGCGCACCGCUCGACACCCGUCCCCGUCCCCGUCCCCAUUCCCGUCCCCUUCCCAGAAUCACCUCCUAUCCGCUCGUGGCCCGUGCCCCACCCAUAGACGCCCGUCGCGCGCUUGCCAACGAUCACCCACGUUUGAUAUCCGGAUCCAUUUCGUCUCGCGACGUCGCGUGAAAGCAACUGACGGCUUACCCGACGCGACCCCAAUUUCGUCCGCUUUCGAAACAUCCGGCCCCGUCGUUCGUAUCAUAUCAUCACCAUGCGCGUCUUCGCAGCCACCGCCACCACAGCACGACUCUGAUCAGCUUCAUCACGGCAUCCCCCUCCCGCGCCCCGUCCGCGCUCCCGCCCAUCUCCAGCCGCACACCACCUCAUCACAAUUGGACCACGAAUUUCAUCAUUUUUUCAUCUACCACUGGUUUCGAUGA